CAAAUUCAGCUCCCUUCCCACCACCCCACCAACUGCAGAGACUGUAUUAGCUCUAUAGAGAGGGGAAAAAAAGGAAAUGGCUGACAGCAAUAGCCCAAAUCUUGCUUUUGAAAAAGAAAGCAUCAUUAUUGUGCAACAUGGGAUCUUUGCCCUUCUCCUCAAGACGUUAAGCAAUUACAUCCAAGUGAAGUACCAAUCAAUUCAAGCGUCUCCCAUGGACACACACCAUCUUAUCAUGUUCAUUUUCCUCCUGGCUCUAUUUAUAUAUGCCACGGCAUUGGUGGUUGAGGUUAUGCUCCGAGCUUCUGAAUCAAUCUAUCACACACAUGUUGGCAACAUCCGCCUCUUUGCUGGUGGCUUUGCUGCAAUUUUGCUCCUGGCAAUUCUUUAUCCAAUUAUGGGCUGCAUCAUUUCCUUGAUGUGGGCCUGUUUAUUUGUGAAAAUAGCAUACGAAUCAUUCCAGGAGUUGUACAGCUUUUUAUGCCAAACAGUUGCUGGGGUACUCCACAUGUUGAGCAGGCUAAUUGGAAGUGUGAGAUGCCUUGAAGAAGAGGAACCAAACCAGCCGCCUGCGUAGGUCCUUUAAAAAUCAUGGGUUGUGUAGAAAUAUAUGUUUUUGUAACACAUGUCAUUGUAUUUUGGAGAUAUGCAUGUAUUUUACUUGAUUAGUGGGCCAGUAAAUAAGAGUUUUUACAAGAGAUCGGUGUUAAAGAA